AUGAGUUUUUUUCUUCAAAUAGCACUAUUGAAGUUUGAGCUCUAUGCAAUUAUAAACAUUAAAGAAAUGAUGGCGAGGCGCCCUCGAGCCAAACAUCAUGGCUCUCAUUGAGAUCAAUUUAUUCUUCCCUGCGGGAUUUGUCUUUCCAGCCACCCUGCUUUUUAUGCUCAAUGCUUACUGCUCACAGCCAUUCCACUCAGAUUGCAUCAAAGCUCAGUUGAGCUCUGUCCAAAUUAUAGAAGCCACACUUUAAGGCUUAAAACAGACCCAAUUCACAAAGAUAAGGAACCCACAAGUAGCUAACUAUUCUUUUAAACUUCAAAUGGCCGCCUCCGGCGUCUCGCCAGACCCUUUAAAAAGAGGUGUUUCCCGUCUUUCUUAAACUGCAUAAAUAAAUUCAAAAAAAUUCAAAGAAAUGAUGAAAGUUCUUUUGAAGAAGAAGCAAAAAAGCUUGAAAACUAGAGAGAAGGAAGACGAAAUGAAUCAGAAAACUAAAAAACUAAAUAAACUAGAAAAAAUAUUGCAGCUGAUGUAUGUAAUCUUAAAAUAA